GUAUCCCUCAGCCACGAAUGCACUCGUGCCAUCAUGAAGCUGAUGUACUGCCCACACUGCCGGGGCAUGUCCAGCGUGAAGCCGUGCAACAACUACUGCCUGAACGUCGUGAAGGGCUGUCUGGCCAACCAGGCAGACCUGAACACCGAGUGGAAGUACCUGAUGGAUUCCCUGAUUGUGGUGGCCGAUCGGAUCGAUGGACCGUACAACGUGGACACAGUAAUAGGGACCAUUCACAUGAGGAUUGCUGAAGCUAUUUCUAACUUGCAAGAAAACAAAGAUUUGAUCACAGCCAAGGUAUUCCAAGGCUGUGGAAAUCCCAAAAUCAGCACAAAAGGCUCCAGCAGUGAGGACAAGAAAAGACGGGGGAAGGUCACAUUGGAAGCCAAAUCCUCUGCGCAGGCACUGGAGAUGCUGGUUUUAGAUGCCAAAGGGAAUCUGACAGCUCUCAAGACAUACUGGAUCACCUUGCCUGGCAGCCUGUGCAGCAAAAAAGUAAUGGCCAGUGCAGCAUCGGACGACAAGUGUUGGAACGGGAUGACCAAGGGCAGUUACCUGCCCGAAGUGAUGGGGGAUGGCUUAGCUAACCAGAUUAAUAACCCAGAGGUGGAGGUGGACAUCACCAAGCCAGACAUGACCAUUCGCCAGCAAAUCAUGCAGCUAAAGAUCAUGACAAACCGACUGGGCAACGCCAACAUCGGGAAUGACGUGGAUUUCCAAGACACAAGUGAUGACAUGAGCGGCUCUGGCAGUGGGGACAGCUGUCCUGACGACGUCUGUGGCAAAAGACUUUCUAAGAGCCCCAGCACCAGGCAGCCAGAAACACACGCCAUUCCCAAGCAGUCUGGACACGGCGUCAAUGGGGCCAGCAGCAGAUCUUUGCCCUCUGUGUCCCUCCUCCUCCUCCUCUCGGUGACGGUCAGCGCCGCGCAGCACUUGUGGCGGUAACUCACUGGCACAGCCAGGAAACAGACUGCGGCUGAGGGCUUCACUUUGGCCACAGAAAUGUGCUAAGAAAAUGGCA